AUGUACCUGCAUCGUAUCAUAUCGUAUCGUCUCUUUACUGUCAACUCUGUGAGCUCUUCCCAAGAAUAUCCGCCGCAUCGCAUUUCAUGUAGCCUCGUCCUUGAUGCUGCAAUUUGCAUCUGCUUUGUCGCAUCAAUGCUUUCCCGAGCGGCAAAGGCUCCGCGCGUCUAUUGGGCCAACCGACUGGCCUCGUCUAUCUUGCGUGAGAGAACAACGCUAAGCCAUUUCUACGGCCGUGAAGAUUGGCUGCAGCAGCGAUGCUACAGCUCCGAUCCCGUCAUCCACAGCAAAGAAAGCGUGGAGGCGCUGAUAUCGGGCCGAAUCAGCACAAAGGAGUUUCAUAAAUCACUUAACAAAGCAUCCAAGAAGCCGUCUCGAAGAGGGUCUCUUCGCCACGGGAAGGGCGCAAGCAACAGACGCCGUAAUAGAGACGAGGAGAUACCCGACUGGGGGCUUGCGACGGCUCCAAACGAUACGAAUAUCAAAAUAGACGCAAAAGCAGAAGUUGUACAAGAGCGUUCAAAGGGGAAAGAGAUUGCAGAAAGGCUUUCAGAAGCUCAAGAAGAAGCUCAUGAAGAAAAAGAUGAAGAAGCUCAUGAAGGAAAAGAGGAAGAAGCUCAAGAUGCGCUUGCAAAAGCACUGGCAGAGGAGGCGGAUCGAUUGGAGCGAGCUGAAGCUGAAGCACAGGAUUAUUCUUCUGCUUCAGAUUUUAUCCCCCUUUCUAUGGAUUUUGACCAAUCUAGGCCAGAAGAAGAAAGGAGCAAGCUUAACCCAAGUUUCCAAGACGAGCGCAUCCAAUCCAGGAGCGUCUCUGUUGCGGCUCUUGGGAAGCAGAUUGAGGCAAUCAUGUUGAAGAACCCCAACGAAAUGAAGAAACCAAAGAGGCCCGCGCGGAGGAUCCAGGACAAGGCGCCAGAAGCCAAAGUAAAGCUCGAUGCCGAACGGGACCUCAUGAUGGAGGAAGUCGAAGAGAGCAACGAAGAAGCACUGGAAGCUGCGUUGAAGCACAUUGGCGACCUGCGGCCUGUUGAUCGGACAAUCCUACCCAUGAAAGAUUUUGAUGCUCUGGCGAAUUCUCUGUUGGAUGGCUUCAAGUCCAGCCAACUCACCAGAUACUAUAACCGGGAACGCCUGACAGCUCACAACCAAAGCUUGCAGAAGUUGCCUUCAUAUUCUUGGAUUGACAAUCUAAGCUCCUGGGAGCCCGCCAAACCCGACCACUGGGGGCCACUUAGGCCUAAGCAGCGCCUGGUGAUUCUGAUUAUGCAAACCAUCUGGAAUCUCGAGGUCAAGGAGCAAGUCGAAGGCCUUGGCAGGACUCUUGUCUGGCUGGAGCCUCGCAUCUUCCAGCUGAUUGCUCCUCCCAGUAGCUCCAUUCUAGAGCAAGUUUCGAAAGACUUCCUGUACGAGUCCAACAAGGAGAAGAUUACUGCAAGCUUCGAUGAUAGCCGGAUCAACAUUUAUGCUCAAAAAUCGACCGUCCCCGUCAUUCUCUCCCAUCUUGAUGAGAUUGUCAAAUCGACCCGCCACCAGAAGAUUUCUUCCAACCACGUUGAAGGCAAUGAUCUGGACGAGCAGCUACUCAAAGAGCUAGAACAAAUUACAAAGACACAUAUCCAGUUUAACAAGAGCGAUAAAGAGCUCGAAAUCUCAUGGCUUGAAAGUCAAACCCCAUCAUCAUCGCCCGAAAGCAACAAAAACAUAGAAACCCCCGCUGAUAUCGCUCUGCGGCUACUACUGGAGCAGCCGAGCAAAGACGAAAACAGCGUGCAUAUUAUAACGCCAUCGGAAGUUGACAAGGCAAAGGAUGGAUCUUUUAUUAGCCACCACAGAGAACGCAGGAGUAUGCGCUGGAAGGAUAAGCUGAAGCCGUGGUCCAGAUAUGUCCAUCCCGUCGGCCAAACCACCACUGCAAGAGACGAUAUCUCAGAACACCUGCUUGAGGCAACCUCUUUACCCGCUUCAUCACACUUCAAAGCUAAGAAAGAAGCUGAAUUGUUACUUACGACGGCAUCAUUCGGACAUGUCCUCCACGGCAAGGGUUCCCGUACAACGACUUCCAUGGCCAAACACCGCCGACUUCUCUCUCCAGUCCUCCCUCACCCUGCAUCCUUUACCUCCAUUGUGGACGAAAAUCAACCUGUGACACAGCGCACAACUAUCACCCUCAACUUUUCUCCCGACCCCCAGCAUCAUUCUAAUGACACGAGCUCAAAGCUCCCCAGUGUCCAGCUGCAGCUGCCUGUUGAUCCUGUCACCGACAUUGCCGACUCUUCCCUCCCCUCUGGUUCGACUCUCUUUGGCAUUGCCGCACAUUCCGUUAGCGACAUCCUGCUGCCCACCGAAAGCGUAGACAUUCGCCUGACGCAGCAGCGUCUCCUGCCGCUCGACGCGAGCCAAGAACCCAUCAAAGAGUUCCUAUCUCACUGCGAGUUCGAUCUCCCAAAAGGCAUACUGAGAACACCCAGUAAAAUCACAUUUUCAAUCCCCAAGGCCUGGGCCGCCGACCCAAAGGCAAAGCGCAAGCCUUCCAAAACAGCCAUCAUCAACGCCCCGUACAUCUUUAUGGGACUGGAGACGCAUCAAAUCGUCGAAAUCGAAUUCCAUGGCCACAAUCUACGCUGCGAAAGCAUCGAUGCGGGUCGCCACGGUGGUCAAAGACAAGAGCUGUCUCUCCAAGCCGGUCCUCCUAUACGAGGAAGCGAUGGAGAGCAAGACAAGGCACCGUUUGAGCUCAACGAGGAAGAAGCGUCUGCGUUCAUAUCUCUAGUUGGAGAGAUAGCCACAGGCAAGUACUUCUCGUGGCACAACGGCUCUGAGCUGGUGCGAGAGCUUUCAGACGAGUCACUUGGGUUUGAUGAGCUGGAAGUGCUUGAUGACGAAGCAAUCGAUGAGCUGUCGUCAUUAGAAGCUGGAUAUUCUGAAGAUGCCCAGAGCUCAGAAUCCGAGCUUUUGUAA